GGGUAAAGGCCCCAGGCCAUAAACGGGGGCGGGGCCUCCCGGGAGGCCAGUGCGCGGCCGCGGAGUUAGACCCACGCGUCGCUCCGCCCCCGGGGAGAGUCGGCGCCACCAUGGAGGAGUACCAUCGCCACUGCGAGGAGGUUGGUUUCAAUGCUGAUGAAGCCCACAAUAUCGUCAAAGAGUGUGUGGAUGGGGUCUUAGGAGGUGAGGAUUAUAAUCAGAACAACAUCAACCAGUGGACUGCAAGCAUAGUGGAGCAGUCCCUAACACAUUUGGUUAAGCUGGGAAAAGCUUAUAAAUAUAUUGUGACCUGUGCAGUGGUCCAGAAGAGUGCAUAUGGCUUCCACACUGCCAGCUCAUGUUUUUGGGAUACCACAUCUGAUGGAACCUGUACUGUAAGAUGGGAGAACCGAACCAUGAACUGCAUUGUUAAUGUUUUUGCCAUUGCAAUUGUCCUGUAACCAACUAAAUAUGCUAGACUAAAGCCAUUCACUUAAGACUUUGUCAGUGUAUCCUUUCUAAACAGGAGUCAUAGUUAACUUAUUAAUAUGCUAGACGACAAGUGUGCAAGCUAUCAACAGAAACUGAGUAUUAUAAGCAAGCAGUCUCAUUGUAAAUUGGCAGAUUAUCUCAUACUCUAUACAGCAUCAUUGAAAUAAGAAAAACUGAAUGUUAGCAAAAAGUAAAUGCAGAAAUACGGCAUGACAUCCAAAUAUGAUCUUGUACCUACACCAGCUUUUCACUAACAUUAUCAUGUAUCUUUCAGCUAGAGUACUUACUUAACAGGGAUAAAUAUUUGAGCAAAAAAGCUACAAGGAUGAAUGUAGAGAAGAAAUGAAUUAGCUAACACCUCUGAGUUUUUUAUUUCUUCCCCUCGCUUAGUUGUACGUAAUACUUAAUGGAAGGUAUUUUUGCUCCUUUUUUUAAAUCAACUAAUGUUAUAGUAGCAGUUAUGAUUUACCUGUCUACUUUUUCUGAGAAUUGGUGAAUCCAUUUUUUUUAAUUUCAAUUUUUUUUUGGAUUUACACUAAAGGUUGAGUUCGAUCUGAUAACCUGACUUUCCUAGUUAAGCAAAAUUAGGUACAGCAUAUGAGUCAGACAACUGCCUUACAAUCUACUCAUUCCAUGUGGAACAAGCAUUUACUGCAUGCCUGGUAGGAUCAUAUUUCUCUGCUAGGCAUUAUACUUACCAAUGUGCUGUUCACACGCUAAGUUCCUUUUGGCAGCUGUUCAGUGGGAAAAGUAGCAUUUGUUUGGGGAUGAAAAAAAAAGAGUUGUUUUACAAGAGGGGAGGAAACCAAGUCUGGUUACCCAGGUAGAAGUAAGCAAAAUGCAAAGCACUUAUUGGUGACAGAACUAUAGAUGUCAUUUUAAGAGUUGCUCCUAGCAAUUUAAAAAUGCAUAUAAUAUGCAACUCUUAAUUAAAGGCCUUAUUAGUAGUCUUAACUAUACAAGUAGUAAAUUUUAUCAUUGCUUUACUUACAAACAUCUGUAAAUAGUUUUAAAUACUUAUUAUGUGGGAUAUAAAUUGAGCGGAGUAAAGUACAAAUUAAAAGUAUACAAUCAUUAGCAGGUUAUCUAAUAUCUCAGGGUUUAUGAAGUGUAGUUAAAAUUAAAGAAGAAUUAGGGUACACAGCUGGCCACCAAAUGUAAAGUCAAUCUGCUAUAUAACCUUGAAAACAAAAUCAAUUUUGCAUACUGCCACUAACACUAAUACAUGCAGAGACUGGAAUCAUGAUUUAGUGAAUUUUUAGGGAAAAGAAAAGUUUAGCAUUAAGGCAGUAUUCUUCUAGGAAUGCUAUGUGUAUGGUUGCUAUUUUGCUGAAGAACUGUGCAAUGUUUAAGAAGAAGUUUAAGAAAAUACAAGGGGCUGGGGGUAUAGCUCACUGGUAGAGCACUUACCUACAAUGUAUGAGAACCUGGGUUCCAUCCCCAGCACCACAAAAAAGUACAAGGAUAGUUUUUAAUGCAGUGACCUGUGUUUUUGACAAUCAGAAAUUCUGAGUCAUUACCUUUAUGUUCUAUUAUGCUGCUGGCUUUUGUGCCCCUGAAGAUUAUAAUAGUGACCAAAAUAUCUGUGCACUUAAGGAUUGUUUUUGAUUAUUGUCUUUGAAGCCUGGUUUCAAAAAAAAAUCAAUUAUACCUCGUGAUCUUGCUAUCUGCUCUAUUUCUAGUUAAAGUAUAAUAAAGAUUAUCUUCCUGUGCUGUA